UAGAGACAGAAAGACAAGGGGUGAUCACCCUGAGGGAUAAGUCAACAGAAAUAGCCGGGCCAGUAGCGUCACAGGGCCAACUCUAGCCAGAGACAAGCCAGAGGGAGGUGGACAAACAGACCAAGAAAAACAUAGAGGGAACAUUGAGACAAAUGCUAGACACUAAACCAAAGAGCCAGGCAUACCACCACCAGGACCGGCUCAUCAACCAGUGGGUCUAAGGAAGCCACCUAACCUCCGCAUAGAUUCAGCUGUGGACCGUCUCCACAUGGUCAGAACAUCCAGCUGAGCGCACUGCCGUGGAUCUGCUGUGAGGGACCCAGACAGGGAGAAGGAGGAGGGGCAGGAAGGAGACUUUGAGUGGCACCUUCGAGUCAUGAGGACGGCCAGACGUGCCAGUGCCGUGGAGGUGCCCUCCUUCCUCCGCCAGCUGGCCAAAGAGACAGAGAAGAUGGUCACCUUCUUUUUCAAGGGGGACAAAAUGGACAGCGGGGACGACUCGAGCGAUGAGGACAGCGGGCCGAGAGUCUACCUGGACCAGCCCAUCCUGGAGAAGCACACGGCUGAAGGGGGGUCUCAGUGGGGGGUGAACUACGCUACGGCCAGCAUGCAGGGCUGGAGGUGCCAGAUGGAGGACGCCUACGUCUGCAUGCCCGAGAUGGAAGGGGGGCUGGCGGAGUGGGGCUACUACGCUGUGUUCGAUGGGCACGCUGGCAGCACGGUGGCAGAAUACUGCUCCCGCAACCUGCUGCAGCACAUCCUCUCCACAGGGCGCGUGAAGGCGGAGGAGGACCCUGAUGAAGUGAAGCAAGGGAUAGUCCAGGGCUUCCUGGCCAUCGACAGCCACAUGCAAAACCUGACACGCCAGGAAUGCUGGGAGCGCAGCGGCUCAACGGCAGCCGUGGCCAUGCUCUCGCCACGGUACAUCUACUUCGUCAAUUGUGGCGAUUCACGGACACUCCUCUGCCGCGACGGCCAGGUCAGCUUCUACACAGAGGACCACAAACCCUUCAACCCGCGAGAGAAGGAACGGAUCCAGAACGCGGGGGGGUCGGUGACCCAGCACAGGGUGAAUGGCUCCCUGGCCGUGUCCAGAUCCCUGGGGGACUUUGACUUCAAGGAGGUCGACUGGAGAUCCCAGACUGAGCAACUGGUCUCCCCGGAACCCGAGGUGUACGAGCUGCCGAGGUCCCCCACAGACGAGUUUCUCAUAGUGGCAUGUGACGGGGUGUGGGAUGCCAUCGGCAACGAGGAGCUGUGUGCAUUCGUCCGCAGCCGUCUGCGGGUGUGCAACGACCUGAGGGAGAUCUGCACCCAGGUCAUUGACCUCUGCCUCUAUAAGGGCAGCGUGGACAAUAUGAGCAUCAUCAUUGUGACCUUCCCUGGCGCCCCCCAGGUGUCACCAGAGGCACUACAACAGGAGGCAGAGCUGGAGACACUCAUCGAGGCCAAAGUGGAAGAAAUUGUCAAUUUGCUGCGGUCGCGCGGCGAGGAACUUGACUUGCUGUAUGUGAUGAAGUUUCUAGUGUCAGAGGACAUACCUGGCCUGCCACCAGGGGGAGGAGUCACCAGCAAGAGAGACUGUGUCAUCUCUGCAUAUCAGAAGUUUGUAACACAGUCCACAUCACCAGGACCAACGGUUGGAGAAAACCAAACAUAGAUCUCAGACGUUCACCGCUUCUCUUUAAAAAUGCCAAGUGCUCUAUGAAGUAAGUAAGCCACAGUCUUCAACUGACACAUCAUUGACAUCCAGAAGAAUGGAGGCUCUGAAGUGUCCAACUCAUUGUUUCCAUGGAAAUGUAAUCAUUAGCCUCAUGUGUGCAUGGCGACUAGUUUGGACUGGGCACUCUUCGUCUGGAGAAUCCACCAAUGGCUAAAUAAAGAACUGUUAUGGUGGGAACCAACCCUUUUUUUUUUUCAUGUGUUCCUCAUUCGCAAUAUUUAACAUGAAUACAUCAUCUGUCUAAUUGGUUCACAAUUCCCUUAACAGACAGCACACAAAUCUGAUUCUGAUGAUUAGAAUCCAAAUUAAAACCAUAAUGUUGUAUUAUAAAUGUUUAUACUGGUGAGUGUACAGGAGGAUUGAAGAGGAAUUGCUGCUUUACAUCAUCACAACACUGGUUUAUAUCAUCACAACACUACUCUAUAUCAUCACAGCACUGCUUUAUAUAAUCACAACACUGCUCUACUUCAUCACAAGAAAAGAUAAAGUAGCUUCAGUAAAGAAACAAAAAUGUUCUUUAAAAGCCAGUAAGUUCAUAUUUAUUAUCUUUCUUACUUUACAGUGCCUGGGUAGAUCUGGUAAAUCUCAGGACAGAAUAGAAACUAGUGAAAAAGUAUACGUUAUUUCGUUUAAAAAUGAAUGGAAAAUGACUUUAAGCAGUGUGCAACUCCCCUUAAACAAUUUCCAAGCAGCUAAGACUCUCGCGUGCAUGUGUGCAGCGCUGGAACGGCCUAACCAACGCCUAAUAAUUUGCACAUUCCUGUGAGGUGCCAGAGGUGACAUACGUACAUGUAUCACAUGACCAUGAUGCAGGCAACAUGGCCCGUGUAACUAACUUUAGAGAAUCUUUAAUAACACACCCUCAGUCCACCAGCCAAAAAAAGAUUGUAAUAAAAUGAAAAUGCACUGGUCUUUUUUCUACUCGCACUGAUAAAUAUGUUGUUCAAGGAAAAUGUACCGGAUGACAUUCUACUGUUCUAGUGCUGGUGGUAAUGCUAGUCACUGUGGAGGCGUCUGCUAAAUGACUAAAUUGUGUGUGUGUGUGUGUGCAGAUAUAGUAAAAACGAGAACAACAUGACCAUCUUCUUUACUGUUAGAAAGUCCAUAUUGCACAUAAUCUUGAUGAUUCUCACUUAUUUGAGAACCCAACAUCUGCUAAGCAUUUAGCAUUCUGGCAGGAGAAUGUUCAGAGAAUAACAAGAAUUUUAUGAACGUGUACAUUCGUUUUCAUUUUGACUAUCUCUCUACCUGAUACUGUAAAAAUCGUUUAAAUUCAAAUGUACGUUCAUUUUCAUUUCAAAAACCUGCCUACCUUAUACUGUAAAAAUAAUUUAAAUUCAAAUGUACGUUCAUUUUGAUUUUGACAACCUGUCUACUUUAUACUGUAAAAAUAGUUUAAAUUAAAGUGUACAUUCAUUUUCAUUUUGACAACCUGUCUACCUGAUACUGUAAAGGUUGUUUACAUUCAAAACCUUCCAAAACCUAAAUUUGGGUUGCAACCCACAAUUUGAAAAGUGAGAAACACGGUUUUAAAGGCAGGUCCAGGUCCUCAGAGUUGAGCAUGAUUUAGACACGUGUGAUGCUAAGAUGUUUUUGCUGUUUAAGUAUUUUGCGGCAAGCAUCAUUGUCUUUUUUCCCCCUUUUGUUCUGCCUUACAAAGCUCUCUGUAGUUGAAUGGUUUACUUUAUCCUCCCUUUCAAAUCAGACCAAAUGAAUGCAAUGCCAAGCUUUAAUUACUACAGUAUAACUGGUAACCUAUAUUCAUUUUACCAUAUCAUUGUAACAGUAACAUUUACAGUAAAAUAAUUUGGAUAGUGGUCAGAAAGAGCAAGACGAGUUCAGAUGCUAAUGAACAUGAAAAUAAGUGGGAUCUGAGUGGCCCAUUCAUUUUCACUGAAGCCUAGGCAAAGGGCAGUAUGCUUUAUAGGCAGUGAUGUCAGUAUUGCUACAGUACCUGAAGGGGUAAUCAGCUAGGUCGUAACAAGGCAGAGACAAUAUAGCACAUCUAUUUGACCAAUCACAGAAGAAAAUUUAACCAGCAAGGAAAUACGGUGUUCCACUGUGUUGUUCCCAACAGCAGAACCAUCUAGCUAGCAAAUUCCUUGGUGACACCACAGAGCAAUACAUUAAAUAAAAUAACAUUAAGUAAA